AUAAUUGGAUUAUUAGCGAUUUUCUACGAAGAUGGGUCUACUUAUUUCAAAUCUCCUGAACAACUUCCUAAGCAAGCAAAAUGUGCGUAUUCUGAUGGUUGGUUUGGACGGCGCUGGUAAAACCACAAUUCUGUACAAGCUCAAAAUAGGCGAAGUCAUCUCAACGAUUCCCACAAUAGGUUUCAAUGUUGAGACUGUAGAAUACAAGAAUAUUUGUUUCACAGUUUGGGAUAUCGGCGGACAAAAGAAAAUAAGGAACUUGUGGAAUCAUUAUUACCCCAACACAUCGGCGGUCAUUUUCGUUGUUGACUCGUCCGACGUACAGCGAAUGGACGACGUAAAAGAAGAAUUGCAUGGGAUGAUGUCCAAUGAGGUACUGGCUAAUUCAGUGCUCUUGGUCUUUGCGAACAAGCAAGACUUACCAAAUGCCCUGAGCUGUGCGGACCUUACGAAGCGACUGGAAUUGCACACAUUGAAGCAGGAUUGGCAUGUUCAUGCCACAACGGCUACCACAGGCAAAGGUCUCUACGAAGGCUUGGAUUACUUGAGGGACAUGUUGGAGAAGAAGUAAAUCAUUAUUCAAUCCGAAUUCAUCUGAUGGACAUUCGUAUAUGUAUUUUUUAAGUUAAUUUUAAAUGUAAACGCAAACAUGAUUAAUAAAUAAGCCUCUGUAUAAUCGAUAUUUAUAAAAAACUGU